GACUGCAGCCUGCUCUGCUACUCACUGACUUCCAGAACCUGAGUCGCUGGUGCUGCGUCUUCUCACCCCCCACCCCCAAGGGGUGUCCGAGCAUGGUCACCCGCAGCAUCUGGUGCCUAGACACGAGUCUGGUGGAUCCUGUGCUGGCAUGGGUCUCGGCCCCGCUUGAAUCAGGGUGUAUUCUUUUAUCUAUCUCCGUGGCUGAGUUUUGGGCCCUGAUCCUUGCCUUUUGUUGCGAGUGCAUCGCAGAUGGAUCCUACCUUGGUGAACUUCUGCUUUCACUAUCUGCACCCUUUUGGACUCCUCUUCACGCUCGCAGCACGUUCCUGCGCCCCCUCUCCGGGGACUUGUCCGGUAGAACCAAGACGGACGUAAUGCCAUCUUCUUCGUUGGACGCACUUCCGGGAAAGAAAGGAAGAAUGGCGGCAAUGUGAAAGCGGAUUGGGAACCAGAGGUCAGUCUCCAGCAUAUACAGCAUGUAUCCCACAGCUACCUAUAACUCCAGGUGACCUGAUUCCCUCUUCAAACAUCUCUUGAGAAUUACAUUGUGGAAAAUAUGAAGUCGGAGAUGGCCCAGAUACAACAGAAUGCGGUUCAGAACCACACGGCCACCAUGCUGGAGAUAGGAACCAGCCUCCUGUCUCAGACCGCAGAGCAGACACGAAAGCUGACAGAUGUUGAGACCCAGGUAUUAAAUCAAACAUCUCGACUUGAAAUACAACUACUGGAGAACUCACUAUCAACUUACAAGUUAGAGAAGCAGCUUCUCCAACAAACAAAUGAAAUUUUGAAGAUUCAUGAAAAAAACAGCUUACUAGAACAUAAAAUUUUAGAAAUGGAGGGAAGGCACAAAGAAGAGUUGGACACCGUGAAGGAAGAGAAAGAGAACCUUCAAGGUUUGGUUACACGUCAAACACUCAUCAUCCAGGAGUUGGAGAAGCAACUGAUCCGAGUCACCAGCAACAACAGCGUCCUUCAGAAGCAGCAACUGGAGCUCAUGGACACCGUCCAUAACCUUGUCAGCCUUUGCUCUAAGGAAGGUGUUUUGCUAAGGGGAGGAAAAAGGGAAGAGGAGAAACCAUUUCGAGAUUGUGCAGAUGUAUAUCAAGCUGGUUUCAAUAAGAGUGGAAUCUACACUAUUUAUUUCAAUAAUAUGCCGGAACCCAAAAAGGUAUUUUGCAAUAUGGAUGUUAAUGGGGGAGGCUGGACUGUAAUACAACACCGUGAAGAUGGAAGUCUGGAUUUCCAAAGGGGCUGGAAAGAAUAUAAAAUGGGCUUUGGGAAUCCCUCUGGUGAAUAUUGGCUGGGAAAUGAGUUUAUUUUUGCCAUCACCAGUCAAAGGCAGUACACGCUGAGGAUUGAACUGAUGGACUGGGAAGGGAACCGAGCCUACUCCCAGUACGACAGAUUCCACAUAGGAAACGAAAAGCAGAACUAUAGGUUAUAUUUAAAGGGUCACACGGGAACGGCAGGCAAACAGAGCAGCCUGAUCCUUCACGGUGCUGAUUUCAGCACGAAGGAUGCUGACAACGACAACUGUAUGUGUAAAUGUGCCCUCAUGCUCACAGGAGGUUGGUGGUUUGAUGCCUGCGGCCCCUCCAAUCUAAACGGAAUGUUCUACACCGCUGGACAAAACCAUGGGAAACUGAACGGGAUCAAGUGGCACUACUUCAAGGGGCCUAGUUACUCUUUACGUUCAACCACCAUGAUGAUCCGGCCCUUGGACUUUUGAAAGCGCUAGGCCCAUAUUAGAAAUCUGCAAAGACGUCUGGGGUCCGUGCUCCCAGAUGAGAAGCUUCCCGGAAGCUUCAGAAACAAACAGCCUUGACUCCCUGCCAGCAACAGGUGACUCUGUGGUGUCACCAAGGCUCUUGACUAUGGACGUGGAGCCUUCUGAGUGCAAGACAGUCUCCACUUGGGUCACUGUGUUCUGAUGAGUUGUCCCCAGAGAAUGCCACUCACUGCCAUGCUUUACGAAGGGAGGAAACGCUCAGCUUGCCGCACUCAAAAGUGCCAGUGGAUCGGAUUUUGAACCUGUAACACCCUGAUGACACAUGCGGCUUGUUUUCUGACAAAACCAAACAGCAAAGAACACACAUGAGGAAAAGAAUGGGAACGGGACUUCUUCUGCUGAAGACAGAUGGCGGCAGCGGAGUGAUGUCACUCCAGGAAAUCCUGCUAACACGCACGGCUGGUGUCACUGCACCAAGGUGACAGGAGCAACAGCCUUGUCUUCUGAACUGGCUAAACGUUAGUUGACUUCAGAAGCUCAUUUCAAGCAUCGUAUUCACUAGCUGAUUUCAGGCUUACCGUGUUUGAGUGUAGAUUCAGUCCUUGAAAGUCAUGAUACAACAGAGUGCGUGGAGGCCAACGGGGUGAGGCAGAAACGGGUUCAAAGAGACUGAGUUUGGGGGGAUACCAUUUUCAGAAGAGUUAAAAAAUCUAGCCAAGAAUGCACAGAAUAGGUAAAGAUUCGUCUCGUGCUACAGUAUUCAUUUACGUUGAAAACUGAUGUACUGGUAUACAAAUAGCUCUAGAGCCGAGCCCGAGUAUAUAUAAAAAAUGGACACUUUAUCAUCCAGCGCUUAAAGCGAUAUGAAUGCAGUUAAUGGUCUCUUUGACGUCUAUGGGACAGCGUAUAUGGAGUACUUAAGUUGGAGCAGCCCGUUGUACAGAUCUUCCGACAUGCAUUUGCUUACCUAUGGCUUCGUUAUUAUUAUUAUUAUUUUGUUUUUACUUUUUAUCAUAUUUUCUUUUUCCACCUUUUUAUUUAAAUUAGAAACCAUCUUGUUUUACAUAUCAAUCCCAGCUUCCUCUCCUUCCCCCCCCCCACC